AUGAGUAUUGCUGAAGAUUUUGCAGAUGAAAUGGAAACCACUUUCGAUUUUAAAGGACAAGUGGAGAUGGAAGUUAAUAAACUUCGUGGGUAUCCUAAAAAGAAUAGUGGUUAUGCUAGAAAACCUAGUAUGCAAACCUACUACUACCAUAGGCCCACACCGCAAGAUGUUCUUAUAGAAGAAAGAGAUUGGAAUCAAACUAACACUUCUUACAGUGGAAGUGAGAUAUAUGAAUGGAAUCUAGACGGGUUAACAGAUAGGCAGUUAACAAUCUUGGUUCAUAGAAUGCUCAUGUAUGCUACUAACUGCAAAAGUGUUAAUAACACUGAUAGGACUAUUUGCAAGAUGAUCAUUGCAGGUUUUACUGGUCAAUUAAGAGGCUGGUGGGACAACUAUAUGACUAUGGAGGCAAAAGCAGCAGUUAUAAAUGCUAAAGUUGCCGCUGAAGGAGUUGAUAACCUAGGCUUUGCUUUAGUCAAAAAUAGAGAAGACGCGGUGUAUACCUUAGUCUUAACCAUCCUAGAACAUUUUAGUGGUAGAUUUACCAAUCAGUAUGAAACCGUCAAAUCUCUACUUAAUGGCUUGAGAUAUGCUUCUAAAGGUACCAAGUAUGAGACUUCUAAGUCUGAACACCAUAGAUCUCAUCGAAGAAGAAGAAGAUCUAGGAGAAGAACUAGAGAAGAAAGAGAAGAGCGUAAGGCUCAUCGUAAAUCUCAUAGAUUUACUAAGAAUAGGUCAAAAAGAGAUCUUGACAGAAUCAAAUGCUACAAGUGUGGAAAAUUUGGACAUAUUGCUCCAAAUUGUAAACUAGAAAAGUUUAAAGCUUUGGAACUGGAUGAAGAUAUUCAAGAAAAGGUUUAUAGUUUCCUUUAUACUUCUGGUUCUGAAUUAGACUACGAAGAGUCUAAAGCAAGCUAUGCAACGGAAGAUGAUCAACCCGAGUCUUCUAACAAAGAACAACAGGACUUAGAUUCUUGUAAAUGUCGUAAUGAUAUCUGCAAUUAUGAACAUGGCGAGUUUUAUAAACUACAAUCGCAGUUCGAAGAUAUGAACUUAUUCACCAUAACUGUAGACAAUGUUAUAAAACUUCUUAAGGAAGUUACUGAUAACACUCUUCGUGAAAAGAUCAUUCAGUUAGCAGCUAGUAAAACUAGCUCUUCAGCACACAGCAUUCCUGAUGAUAAAAAGGUUAAAGAUGAUUUUGUUUAUUCUGCUCCCUAUUCUUUGUCUGAAGUUCAUAAUAGACUUUCAUCUAAACAAACUAUGCUUGAGAUUUUUAGUAUGAAUAUAUUUUAUACUUUGAAAGCUACUAAAGUACAGGAGAAGAUUAAAAUAAUCUCUGAACAAAUAGCCACUGAUAUUUGUGCCGAUCAUCCUAGUGCUUUUUGGAAUCGAAAAAAGCACAUUGUGACUCUUCCAUAUGAAGAUGAUUUCUCUGAGGAAAAUAUUCCUACGAAAUCUCAUCCUUGCCAAAUGAAUUCCGAAUUAGUUGAAUUCUGCAAAAAGGAGAUUGAUAAUCUAUUACAAAAGGGUUUGAUAAAACCUUCCAAGUCACCUUGGUCUUGUACUGCCUUUUAUGUUAAUAAUGCAGCAGAGAAAGAACGUGGUGUCCCCAGAAGUCAGAUUCCUGGGUCAUCUAAUUUGUCAGGGAAAGAUUACUCCCAUUCAGCGAUCCAUUGA